AUGUUCUUUGAUGAGCAACGUAAAUAUAAAGAAGCAAGUGAUGUGAUUUCCAAUGAGAUUUUUGUUAACGCACUUUGUUCAUCUGGUAAAGUUGCUGUGAUGGUUUCAGAAGAAGAUGAGCAAGCAAUUAUUGUUGAGAAAGGAUUACGUGGAAAAUAUUGCGUUGUCUUUGAUCCACUUUAUGGAUCUUCUAAUAUUGAUGCUGGUGUAAACGUUGUUACAAUUUUUGGUAUUUAUAAACAUGAAGGAUCUACUGGAAGUAUUUCAGAUGUUCUUAGACCAGGUUCUGAUAUGGUUAUUAUCAAAAUUCCAUAUUGUGGAAAGAUAUAUUCAGUAAAUGAGGAAAUGAAAAAUAUUGGUAUGAACCAUAUCGGUUCAAUGGUUGCUGGUGUUCAUUGUACACUGUUAUAUGGUGGAAUUUUUGCAUACCCAGCUGACAAAAAAUCAAAAAAUGGUAAACUUCGUAUCUUGUGUCCUAUUUUCUUGGGCAGUAAAGAUGAUAUUGAAGAUAUAGAAAAGUUUUAUGCCGAUUUCAAUGGGGAAACAUUAUAA